CAGUAAAGGAGCAGAAGAUUCACAUGCUUCAGUAAAGAAAGAUUAAAAACAGUUUAGAAUAUUCCUGCGUACAAGAAGAAAUCCUUAACUUUCUUGGGAUAUAUAGCAUAAAUGCUUAAAUUACUUCGACUUCAGACCUGAAAAUUAGAUAGAACUUUCUGGAAUGGAAGAUGGAAGACAGAGGAUCUCGGGUUGCUGACUAUUUUGUGGUGGCGGGAUUAACCGACAUUUCUAAACCACUUGAGGAGGAAAUUCACUUCAACGAUGCUUGUCAUAAGCUUGCAAAGCCCAAAGAACCAAUUACGGAUGUGGCGGUGAUAAUUAAAUCCCUUGGGGAAGAGGUCCCUCCUGGAUACAAAUGCAUCGAUGUCACUCCGUCAGGACUGUCUGCUGAUCUCAACAAUGGCAGCCUCAUGGGACCCCAAAUAUAUAUGUGCCACAGGAGAGGAAGGGACAAACCCCCACUUACAGAUCUGGGGGUUUUAUACGACGGGAAAGAGAGGUUGAAACAGGGAUGCGAAAUCAUCCAGACGACUCCGUCUGGCCGCCCGGCGAAUAUCAGCAGCGGUGCCUCGUCGCAGAAAGUGUACAUAACGUAUCGAAGAGCUUCGGAGAACAUGACUCAAAACACCUUGGCGGUCACAGACAUCUGCAUCAUUAUCCCAAGCAAGGGGGAAACCCCACCACACACCUUCUGCAAAGUUGACAAGAAUCUGAACAACAGUAUGUGGGGAUUAUCAGCCUACUUGUGUUAUAAGAAAUCUGUGGCAAAAACAAACACCAUAUCAUACAAAGCAGGUCUCAUAUGCAGAUAUCCAGAAAAAGACUAUGAUUCAUUUCCUCUACCAGAGUCGGUCCCUCUCUUUUGUCUGCCAAUGGGGGCAACAAUUGAAUGCUGGCCCUCCAACAGCAAAUAUCCCCUCCCAGUAUUUUCUACGUUUGUGCUCACUGGAGCCUCAGCUGAAAAGGUCUACGGUGCUGCUAUUCAGUUCUAUGAAACAUACUCUGAGGAAAACCUGACAGAAAAACAGAAGUCUCAACUGGGCUUCAUGGCCAUACCCAGCUCCAAAACUGUCCAAACUAACAAGUGCAUCUGCCUGCUGUCCCACUGGCCCUUCUUCGAUGCGUUCAAGAAAUUUCUCACUUUUCUUUACCGCUAUUCAAUAUCUGGUCCACACGUCCUUCCUAUUGAGAAGCAUAUUUCCCAUUUUAUGCACAAGGUUCCUUUUCCAUCUCCACAAAGACCAAGGAUUUUAGUUCAGCUAUCACCCCAUGAUAAUCUGAUUCUUAGUCAGCCCAUAUCAUCACCUCUACCGCUGAGCGGAGGGAAGUUUUCUGCUCUUCUACAGAAUCUGGGACCUGAGAAUGCUGUCAAUCUUCUUGUCUUCGCGGUGACAGAGCAUAAAAUCCUCAUCCACUCUUUGCGCCCUUCGGUCCUCACCAGCGUAACCGAAGCCCUGGUCUCUAUGAUAUUUCCUUUCCACUGGCCGUGCCCGUACAUUCCUCUCUGCCCCCUAGCCCUGGCUGAUGUCCUGAGCGCGCCGUGUCCAUUCAUAGUGGGAAUUGAUUCCAGAUAUUUUGAUCUUUAUGACCCUCCACCAGAUGUUAGCUGCGUCGACCUAGAUACAAACACCAUUUCACAGCCAGGAGAUAAGCGAACGAUCGCAUGGAAGAUCUUGCCGAAGAAGUCUUGUAAGAAACUGAUGAGCACUUUAAAUCACUUGUAUCAGCAGCUGGCAGCGUUGCAGCAAAGACCCCGAGAUGAUGCUUUAAUGGAGCUGGCUAUGAAUGACUACGAUUUUCAUUCAGGCUCGAAGCUGCAUCUGUUAGAUGUAGAAAUUCAAGAGGCAUUUCUCACUUUCAUGGCUUCGAUCCUAAAAGGUUAUCGGUCCUACCUGAGGCCUAUUACACAAGCCCCUUCAGAAACGGCAACCGAUGCAAGCUCUCUUUUUGAACUGCAAGGAUUCUUGAAAAGCCGUGAUCGUUCACAUCAAAAGUUUUAUACAAUGAUGACUAAGACCCAGAUGUUCAUUCGCUUCAUUGAAGAAUGCUCUUUUGUUAGUGAUAAAGAUGCAAGCCUUGCAUUUUUUGAUGACUGUGUAAAUAAAUUGGAUAUAGACAAGACCGGCGACACGCGGCUUAUAGAACUCGAUGAGUCCCACAAGAGCGAGCACACCGUCUUCGUAACACCCCCAGAGAUCCCUCAUCUGCCCAACGGAGAAGAACUCCCAUACCAGUACAGCUACAAUGGAUUUCCGGUACUAAAGCAAAAUUUAUUUGAGCAGCCAGCAGGACUUCUGACAAUACAAAACAGCAAAUUGUCUUCGAAAGUCAGCAGCCCAAACAGUCCUUUGCCAGUCUUCAGAAGAACAAAACAGGAAAUCAAGUCUGCGCACAAGAUAGCCAAGAGAUACUCCUCCAUCCCCCAGAUGUGGUCCAGGUGUUUGCUGCGCCAUUGCUAUGGCCUGUGGUUCAUCUGCCUGCCUGCUUACGUCCGCGUUUGCCAUUCCAAAGUGAGGGCCCUGAGGACGGCCUACGAUGUCUUGCGCAAGAUGCACACAAAAAAGAUUGAGCCACCCGAUGAGGUAUGCUACCGGGUCUUGAUGCAGCUCUGCGGGCAAUAUGGUCAGCCUGUCUUAGCCGUGAAAGUCCUUUUUGAGAUGAAGAAAGCUGGCAUUGAUCCAAAUGCCAUUACCUAUGGUUACUACAACAAGGCUGUUUUGGAAAGCAGUUGGCCGUCGAGCAAUAGGAGUGGCUACUUCCUGUGGACCAAGAUAAGAAAUGUCAUUUUAGGAAUAACCCAGUUUAAAAGAGUUCUAAGGAAGCAGCCUGCAAACGGCAUCCACAAAACUCUUUCUGGGGACCAUUCUGAUCUCUUAUAUAAGUUGUCUAAAGAAGCAGUUAAGCAAGGAAAAACGAACAUCCAGAAGAGCUUUGACCAAAGAGAUGAGAAAAAAGAGAGCGACUCAAGUUCCUUGUCUGAAAUUGAGAGUGGAAAGGGAAGCGGUGACUGCCUCCCCACGCUAAAUUAUCAAAACUCCACCUGUGUCAAGCUCGGUUCAAGGAUCGUUCGUGUUAAUGAUACAACUGGCAAAAUAUCAGAUACAACAGGAGACAGGGCUAUAGAAACCUCUGCAGGAUUGCUCUUCUCUUGUUUUGACAAUAUCAAUAAAACGGGAGUCACUAAGGCUGAAAAGCUGAGAAACAAGCAUUUAAAUGCAGCUGAAACGGAGCACAAGCGGAUCGUUUGGCGCAACAGGAAAUUGAGCGGAGAUGCUCUAAUGGAGCUCAUGAAGAAUCAGAUCAACCAGGAAGCCAGGUCCGAAGAAAUUGUGGAGAAACUGGGCACGGAUGCCAAAAUCCUCUCUAAAAUGUUUGAGAAAAGAACGAGGCCGAAGACUCUUAACCUCCGACCGGCUGCUUUGGGACCCGCUCGCAAGAGCAAUCUGGAAAAAGAAUCUAGUGAUGAAGACGGAGCCUACGAGAACGGUCUCGUGGAUAAGACCGAAUCUCCGGUUAUAUUCGAUUUGGAAGACUUGGAUAACGAACCCGUCCCGCAAGCGAAACCUGCGAAGCCGAUGCAUAAAAAGCCAAAGAAGAUUCAGCGGGCUAUAAGUGUUCCGGUAAAGCCCAUCGAGAAAGUCAAUGUCGAAACUGGCUUUGAUCCACUCUCCUUGCUGGCCGCUGAGACGGGGCAAGGGAAGGAAGAGAAGGAAGAGGGGGGGGAGGAGGAGGACAAAAGGGCCUCCACCCCAUCGGCAAGGCGCGAUUUAGCCGAAGAGAUCGAGAUUUACAUGAAUAAUAUGAGCAGUCCUUUAACAAGCCGGACCCCCAGCAUCGAUUUGCAAAAGGCCUACAACGACAAGAACCCCAACAAAAGAAGCCCGACCUUAAGCCAGCCGUGCCGAAGAUCAAGCCUCCCACCAAACUCACCCAGGUCAAUAGUGCUCCCCAAAUCCAAGAGUUACCAGGUCAAAAACGAAAGAGGGAGGGACCGGCUUUGGUCCUCCCCCGUGUUCUCUCCCAACAAUUUGUCAAGGGGGCAAUCUCAAGACAUGGCCGGUGCCGUAACGCUCGCCUCUCCAACCUCCUUCAACCUGGACACGCUCCUGACCCCGACUUUCGAUGUUCUGAAGAGCAGCAUGUUUUCUGCCGGAAAAGGGGUGGCGGAGAAGGCCAGCAGGUGGUAUUCCAAGUUCGCCACCUACGCGGCGGCAUCGAAGGAUCAAAACUCGGACCGAGCAAGCUUGUCGUCCCUCGGGGCCCUGGAUUCGGAAUCUGCCUCGCUAACCGACGAAGACAUGUGCAAUGAUCUGGAAAGCAGCUCUUCUCCUCGGGACGAUGUGUCAUCGGCUUUCAAGGGCAUCGGCGUGAGCUCCACCAGUCUUGAAAGCGCCGCCUCUCACAACGGCUCCUCAAAACAUUCCUCGCACUGCGGCUUCUUUUCAAAAUCAGAGGUGGUUUCCUCUUGCAGUCCAAGCAGCACCAGCGUCUUCCAGAACUACGCCCUGGAGGUCCUGAUCUCAAGCUGUUCCCGAUGUCGAACCUGCGACUGCCUGGUUCAUGACGAAGAGAUCAUGGCAGGCUGGACGGCGGAUGACUCCAACCUGAACACGACCUGCCCCUUCUGUGGAAAUCUCUUCUUGCCUUUCCUGAAUAUUGAAAUCCGAGAUCUCCGGGGACCUGGAAGGUACUUCCUGAAGUCAAGUCCUUCUUCGGAAACUAUCCAGCUUCCGUCCUCUGUGAUGAACCAGGCCGACAAAACGUGCAUUGCCGAUCCACUUUCAGGGUUUACUACAACUUUAAUCCCAGCUCAAAAUGACGUGGCUUCAGAAAGCAGCUGCAAGAUGAAACAUUUGGACACCUUCUGUGCCAAGAGCAUCCAGAUCCCUUCUCAGCGAAGGCAUCCUUCAGCCAAAGAGGAACCGCUUGGCCACCCCCUGUCGAGAAGCGUCAGUGCGUACAGUUCUUUAGAGAUAGAUGAAGUGGAAGUCCAUACCCACAACCGUGUGGUGCCCACUGGGAGCUUGCCUACAACUUUCCAGCAGAGAACGGAGUCUGUGCAGCUGAAGUGGCAUCUGCCUAGCCCGGAGCCCAUCACCGUUCCUUAUCUAAGUCCUCUCGUUGUCUGGAAAGAGCUUGAGAGCUUAUUGGAAAACGAAGGAGAUCACGUGAUCACCGUGGCCGAGUUUGUGGACCAUCAUCCCAUCGUCUUCUGGAACUUGGUCUGGUAUUUCCGGCGGCUGGACUUACCCAGUAGCUUGCCUGGAUUGAUCCUGUCCUCUGAACACUGCAAUAAAAAUUCCAAGAUACCCCGAAACUGUAUCUUGGAGAACAGCAAGCACGUUCUGAUUCAGAUGUUGUGGGACAAUAUGAAACUGCACAAAGAUCCAGGGCAGCCCCUCUAUAUACUGUGGAACGCCCAAACUCAGAAAUACCCAGUGGUUCGUUUACUGCAAAAGGACGACAGUUUCUUUAACCAGGAACUCUUAAGAAGCAUGGUCAAGAGUAUUAAGACGAACGAUGUCUACGGACCAAUGAGUCAGAUCCUAGAGAGGCUGAACAAAGGACCACAGAUCAAAAGGCAGAGGAGCCUUUAUAGAGAAAUACUAUUUCUCUCUCUCGUUGCUCUUGGAAGAGAUAAUAUCGAUAUAGAUGCCUUCGACCGAGAAUACAAGAUGGCUUACGAUCGUCUCACCGCCAGUCAGGUCAAGAACACCCACAACUGUGAUCGGCCACCAAGUACCGGCGUGAUGGAGUGUCGGAAGACAUUUGGGGAGCCGUAUCUUUAGACGGAAUCAGGGCGCAUCACGAGGUGCUUUGUAGGUGAACAACAGCAGCCGCCGCAGACUCUCCUCCUCCUCCUCCUCCACUGAGAGAAAGCACCUGGGCCUUUGUCUAGAGGAGAAUUCCUGCAGGGAACGCAAUCCCGGGGUUACGAAAGACCUCCCCAGGCUCCAGCUGGGGGCUCUUCAUCUAGACGCAGAGAUGAGCCACGUGGCGUAAAAUCUGGAGCGUCUUGUGGCAGCAAAGGGCAAAUCAGGGUGGAGCAGAAACAUGCAGGGAAGGGAGCAUGCAUCAAAUAAGCUUUUGAAAUAGAACUGUUAGCAGAGAAGGUGCAAAAAGUGACAGAGAGCCGGCCGGAGUUAUAUUAUAACAGAAUUUAAAUUAUUUAUAGCAAGUUCAUAUUUUUUUAAACUUUUUAAAUUCCAAGAGUGAACUGAGGGACUUCAUUGCCUAAGGAAAUCCUUUUCAGAAUAUUGCUGUGUAUAAGCAACAGGUCUGUGGGUUUGUUUGUUUUUUUCUUUCCCUUUUUUUCUAAAAGAAACACUUUGUUCAUUUUUGCUUUUUUUUUUUUUUAAAGGUAAUACAGAAUUUUCAGCAACUCCAUUUCCUAUUCUGCAAAAUCUAUAUUUACCUAGCUCGUUUUAGCUGACAGGUAUUUAGCUGACUGAGUAAUAAGAAGCUUUGAUAAGUUAAUCAGAUUUGUCACUAACUGAACAUUGAAGCUGACGUCACUUUCCUUUGGUCCCACCGAGCUGAGUUUCUCCAAUACUUUUCUCUAAAAGACCCGACUGAAUAUUAGAAGCUACUGCAGAUCAUUGCAAAGAACAGUCUAAAGGAGGUUUCUGCGGAGCAGAGUUGCACGCUUCUCUGUAUAGGUUGUCCUUGACUUAACGACCACAAUUAGGACCAGAAUUUCUGCCACUAAGUGAAGCAAUUGUUAAGCGGGUCACACCUGAUGCUACAACCUUUUUGCCAUGGUUGUUAAGCGAAUCACUGCCAAUGUUAAGUCAGCUGUUAAAUUAAUCCAGCUUUCCCUACUGACUUCGCAUGUCGUAAGCUGGCUGGGAAGGUCACAAGUGGCGAUCACAUGAUUCCAGGACAUCUGCAACCAUUGUAAAUACAUGCCAAGCAUCCAAAUUUUAACCACAUUAUUGGUGCCAUGAUGGUUCUAAGUGCAGGGAUCGUUUGCACGUCACUUUUCACGCUGUUGUAACUCUGAACAGUCGCUUAAAGGAACGGUUUUAAGUGGAGGACUAUCUGUAUAUUCAGGUGAGGGGCUGAGAGCUUGGAAGGCUGCAAAUAUUCAGGCAGAAUUGCGUCUUUUCACUUUCCAUUGUUCAUAUCCGUGCUUCUUGGUUUCUUAAGAACCGGAGGAUUCGGCUUCCCAUAUCUCAAACUGGCAUAUGGAUGGAGAAUUAAGUGUCUGUAAAAGGAACUCCCUGCCAGAAGUUCAGAGGGCUUCAAAUUCAGAUCCUGCACGCUGCCAAAGAUGCUUUGGAGGGCUUAGGAACAUGGGAAUAGCAUCUGGAAGCAGCUGUGUCUUCCCUACGUUGGGCAUGAGUCAUCCUUGAAAAAGACACGGUCGAUUUCCAAAAUAUUGUUCUUAUGGUUUCGUCUUUCUUAUUAUCCAGUUCAGGAGUCUCCAAACUUGGCAACAUUAAGACUUGUGGAGUUCAACUCCCAGAAUUCCCCAGCCAGCAUAAGCUGGCUGGGGAAUUCUGGGAGUUAAAGUCCACAAGUCUUAAAGUUGCUGUGUUUGGAGACCCCAGAUCUCCUAUAAAAGCAGAUUUUAUCAGAUUCAGGUCUGUGCUAAUAACGGUGGGAUGAAGGUGUAUGCUUAAUUCAGGAAAAAAAUACUUUCAGUAUAAAAAUCUGAAGUCAAAGAGAGACUCCGUUGGACACGCCCACUAGUUUUCUUUUCAACAAGAUGAAAACGGUUUGCCCUCCUCCUUCCCUUUUUCCAGCGGUUUUUUUUAUUAUUUUAUUUUAUUUUUAUUUGAAUUUAUAUCCCGCCCUUCUCCGAAGACUCAGGGCAGCUUACAAUGUGUUAAGCAAUAGUCUUCAUCCAUUUGCAUAUUAUAUACAAAGUCAACUUAUUGCCCCCAACAAUCUGGGUCCUCAUUUUACCUACCUUAUAAAGGAUGGAAGGCUGAGUCAACCUUGGGCCUGGUGGGACUUGAACUUGAAGUAAUUGCAAGCAGCUGCUGUUAAUAACAGACAGACUUAGUCUGUUGAGCCACCAGAGGCCCCAGAGCGUGAUUUUUGACUUCCCAAGAGGCCCCAGGAUUUCUAACUGAUUCCCCAUAUACAGUACAAUAAAUGCCAAUUUAGCUUUUUUUUUUUUCAAAGUCAGCUGCCUCGCUGCAUCUUAAGAAUCACAUUAUUGAGAUUUUGAUUCCAUCAGUUCCCCUUGCUUUUGAAGGUUUUAAACAGCCUUUGCCCAUCCUUUUAAAGAAACUGAAAUCUGAAACCAUUAGAUAUUUUGGAAAUAUCCAAAAUAAGGGACAACACAGCAAGAUUUUUCUUCCGGCGCUUCUGCCAGUUUCUCCAGUGAACCAUACCUUCUACAGUUCUGCAUCCAGCUUUUAUUUAUCGUUGAAUUUUUAGACGGUCCUUUCUAGGAAUUGUAUGUUAAAGCUUGGAUAAUCUCAAUUUCCACUUUACUGCCAAUAAUUUAGCAACGUUUGGGAUAAUGUGUCUCUUAAUUUCCCUAUACAGUUCCUAAAUUGUUGUAACCUCCAGUGGAAACAAAUGUAAUCGCCUACAAUACUACUUUUGUGCACUACAGGUCAUCCGCGUUUAGUGACCACAGUUGGGACUGGCCAUUCGAUUGUUAAGUGAAGCAGAAAAAAACCCACAAUGUGCUUAUGAUCUGACUUCAGCCUUCCUUUGCUUUACCAAUCUGCGAAGGUCAUAAAUGUGAGAAUUGCUCAUAUAGCCGAUGUUGUAACUGUGGACAGUCGCUAAAUAAGGCAGUCGCUAAAGGAGGACUCCCAUACCAAACUGUAUGAAAGCCACUAUUUUAUAGUAUUUUAUAGCCAUGACGGAGGGAAGGUUUAGCUUCUUCCUGAGCUGUAACUGAGGGAUAAAGAGAACCACUAGCCAGACUCAAUGCGGACGUGAUUCCUGAUCAGGAAUAGUUGCUCGGAGUUUUGCUUCAACCAAGUAUAAUGACAGGGGGGGGGGAAAUAUGCAGGUAGUCCUCGACUUACGACCACAAUUGAGCCCAGAAUUUCUGUUGCUAAGUGAGAAAUGUUUUAAGUGAGCUUUGGCCCCAUUUCGUGCCGCAAUUCACUGCCGUUGUUAAAUUAGCAACACGGUGAUUAAGUGAAUCCAGCUUCCCCAUUGACUUUGCUUGUCAGAAGGUCGCAAAUGACACCCUGGACACUGCGACCGCCAUAAAUGUGAGCCAGUUGUCAAGCAUCCAAAUAAUAAACCACAGGAGUGAGCACGGGGAUGCUGCAAGGGCCGUAAGUGUGAGAAAUGGUCCUAAGUCACUUUUUCCUGCACCGUUGUAACUUCGAACCGUCACCAAAUGAACUGUUUUAAGUCGAGGACUACCCUGUAAUCUCUUUUUUUUUUUAUUUGCAUUUAUAUCCCGCCCUUCUCCGAAGACUCAGGGCGGCUUACACUAUGUUAGCAAUAGUCUUCAUCCUAUUUGUAUAUUUAUAUACAAAGUCAACUUAUUGCCCCCCCCCAACCAUCUGGGUCCUCAUUUUACCUACCUUAUAAAGGAUGGAAGGCUGAGUCAACCUUGGGCCUGGCGGGACUAGAACCUGCAGUAAUUGCAGGCAGCUGUGUUAAUAACAGACACUCUUACCAGCCUGAGCCACAGAGGCCACUUCCUGUCAGCUUUCAUUCAGUUUAAGUAAGAGUUACAAGAGUCUUUCAUAGCCAGCCAGUAUGGAGACUCUUCUUGGACAGCCAGAGUAACUAACAGAGAGGUGUUAAAACAUAUAAAACCGGAAACAUCUUUAGAAUGCUAAAAUCAGAAGGCUACGUCUGAUUUACCUUGGCUGUGUCACGCGUGCAAAUUCAUUGCAGAAGCAACGAUGCUAGGAAUGGUUGUGGAACAAGAAGACGGGGCAAAGAAAGAACCCGCUGGCUCGAUCCCAUCAAAACUGAUGCCGAGUUGAACAUCCAACAAUUGAAAGGAGCUGUGCAGGAUAGGGUAGCAUGGAGACCAAUUGCCUAUGAAGUCACCAAGAGUCGUCAACAUCUGCCACAUAGAAGAGGGGGGUCAAGCUAUUUUCCCCAAGGCCAGACAAGGAACUGACAAGGAUGGAAACUG